CCGUCCCACUCUGCAGACUCAGUGCCUUAUUCAGUCUUCUCUUUCGCUCUCUCUGCUGUAGCCGGACCCUUCGCCUUUUCUGUCGCUCCUCAUCUACACAUCUCUACAAUGGCUAAAACAGCAAUGGCCUACAAGGAAAAAAUGAAGGAGCUGUCCAUGCUGUCACUGAUCUGCUCGUGCUUUUACCCGGAACCUCGCAACAUCAACAUCUACACUUAUGAUGAUAUGGAAGUGAAACAAAUCAAUAAACGUGCCUCUGGCCAGGCUUUUGAGCUGAUCUUAAAGCCUCCAUCUCCUAUCUCAGAAGCCCCUCGAACUUUAGCUUCUCCAAAGAAGAAAGAUCUGUCCCUGGAGGAAAUCCAGAAAAAACUGGAGGCUGCAGAGGAAAGAAGAAAGUCUCAGGAGGCCCAGGUGCUGAAACAAUUGGCAGAGAAAAGGGAACACGAGCGAGAAGUCCUUCAGAAGGCUUUGGAAGAAAACAACAACUUCAGCAAAAUGGCGGAGGAAAAGCUGAUCCUGAAAAUGGAACAAAUUAAGGAAAAUCGUGAGGCUAACCUAGCUGCUAUUAUUGAACGUCUGCAGGAAAAGGAGAGGCAUGCUGCCGAGGUGCGCAGGAACAAGGAGCUCCAGGUUGAACUGUCUGGCUGAGGCUCUGGAGGAUAUGGCACGCCCCACCACUAGUAAUUCCCCCUGCCUAUAUUAUAAUGGAUCAUGCGAUAUCAGUAUGGGAAAUGUAUGACACGGUUUAAUAAAAGAACUCAUUAUAAAAAA